AUGGAUAUAAAGUGGUUCUUGAUUGGACGAAAGGUUAUGAGGGUUAAUAUUAACAUAGAAAAUGAGUCCAAAUAUAUUGGAAAGCUCAUUCAUAAGGCCCAGGUUCGUAAGCAAGAACAAGAAAUAAUUUAUGAAAGACAACUUGCAAAGGAAAGAAGCAAGGAAGAUCACUUGUAUGCAGACAAGGAAAAAUUUGUUACGUCUGCUUAUAAAAAGAAACUCGCAGAGCAAGCACAGUGGCUUGAAGAAGAACGAUUACGUAAACUCCGCGAAGAAGCAGAUGAUGUUACUAAGAAAGGUGAUAUGGGUGACUUCUACCGUAACUUGCUCAAAAAAAAUGUAGCUUUUGGGGCAAAUACUAGUAAAAGAGGAGAUGACAUUUUACCUUCUAGGCAGAAUGCUGAAUCUGGAAAAUCUCAACCUUCUGAAACUCAUUCUGAAAAACAAUCUGACCUUAUAGAUAGGAAGUCAUCUGACCUUACAGCUAGUAAUGUCCCAGAUGAACCCAAGCCGUCUGCCAAACAUGGUAGAAGUGAGGAUAUGGACAAAGACAAUAUAGAACUCAGAUUGCCUUCCACCGUCGAUGCCAGCCAAGCAGAUAGUGGUUUGCAGUCUGAAAAGGGAGGAAUUACUGCAGACAUUGGGAGUAAAGCCGAAACUGUAGGUGAGAAUGUGAAGAGCUCUGGCCACCACCACAGACAAAGUCAAGAGGCAUUGGCUGCUGCCAAAGAACGUUAUUUAGCUCGAAAGCGAAUGCGAGAAGGCUAAUAGUGAUACCAUCAAAAUCUUCUCUGAUAAAAUUGCAUUAUGACUUGUAACUUGUAAUAUUGCAGCAAAUUCAAGCAAUCGAAUUCAUUUUCAUUAGAUGGUCUCAUCAAUGGAAUGUGCCUGUUGAAUUCUGCAGAGGAGAUAUUUUGAAUGAUUUUAUGUUCAAAGGUGGAUAUGUAUCUCUAUGUACAGAAAAUCAAGAGUUAUCAUUAUUUACAAUAUAAGAUUUCAGAGAAAUUGCAUGUCAAACCUUGUUGCACUUCGGCUAUUAUUUAGUGCCUGAAAAUAUUGUUUGAAGCAUUAAUUCUUGUUGCACAAUCCAAUCAUUAUUUUUUCGGACAUUUGGCUGAGGCUCUAUGUUUUUUUCUUUGGUAAAUUUGAACCCCCAACUUGCACCUCUAGGCUCUAUGCCUACCAUUGUUUGAAUGUGUCUUACACAUGGUGACACUUCGGCUCAAUCAGCAGAACAUAAAAAUAAAGUUCUUGUGUCAAUGAUGGGAUAUUAUUAUUUUA